GAGCCUUGACGUCUACAUCAUCGCGCGCAAUUGCACGUUUACAAACAUCCAAAACCAAAUUUAAAGCCGAACCUCGUGUCGCGUGACAAUUAGUACCUCCCACAUUCUGCGACAUCGCCAAAAUGCCGCUAGACACCAGCACCUACUCCCUCGCGCUCCUCCGCCUCGACGGCCGCCGCUGGAACGAACUCCGCCGCAUCCACGCGCAAAUCUCCACGCAAGCCGCCGCCGACGGCUCCUCGUACCUAGAAAUGGGCAACACCAAGAUCCUUGUAUCCGUGACAGGCCCCGCAGAAGGCAAGCAAAGCGGGCAACGAGGCGGCGCCGACAAGCUCGCCAAAGUGGAAGUCGAGAUCAAUUUUGCUGGCUUCUCUGGUGUAGAGCGCAGGAAGAGGAAGAGUGACAAAAGGACAAGCGAGAUGGAGCAUUGUCUGAGGGAGGCCUUUGGGGGUGUGCUGUUAUUGCACCUUUACCCGCAUUCCACAAUCACGUUGAAUGUGCACAUCAUCAGCCAGGACGGCAGUUUGUUAGCGGCGUGUAUCAACGCGAGUACGCUGGCGCUUAUCGACGCUGGAAUACCAAUGACGGAUUAUCUUGUGGCUUGUACGGCGGCAAGUUCGGCAAGUGCGAGCGCGGCAGACAAUGCGAGUGCGGAUGAUCCGUUGUUAGAUCUGAACAACCAGGAAGAAUUAGAGUUGCCAUUCUUGACGGUCGGAACACUGGGAGAGAGCGAUAACGUUGCUGUUUGUGUCAUGGAGAGUAGGGUCAGAAUGGAGAGGUUAGAGAGUAUGUUGGCGGUGGGUAUUGAGGGGUGCAAGAGGAUGCGCACUAUACUGGAUGGCGUGGUCAAAGGAUAUGGCAAACGAUUUGGUUGAAAGAGAGACAGGCUGUAGCAUCUACAGAUUCCAUCAUCACCUAGCGACGUAGGGCAUGAUACCUGCGCUCCAGGGCC